AUGUCUAAUCACACAGUUGUAGUCUUUCCCGCUUCCGGAGGCAUUGGCGGCAGCACAGUCAAACAUCUUCUCCCGCGAAUUUCGCCACAGGAUCUUGUAUUCAUCGCACGGCAUCCUGAGAAGUUAGAGUUUGUAUCUACUGCAGGUGUGACUGUUUGCGGGGCCGAUUAUGAUAAUGACAGUGACCUUGAGCGCGCGUUUGAUGGUGUACAUACCCUAAUUCUGAUUUCAUACGCGUCCGUAGAACAUGAGCAUCGGGCUAAACGCCAACAAUUCGCAAUCAACGCAGCCCUUCGCAGCGGAGUCAAGUACAUCUUCUAUGGCUCUUUGGGAUACGGUGGUAACCCCGCGAGCAACCAAUCCAUGGCACAUGAAUGUGUCAGCCGAAACUCCGGCUUCGACUAUACUGUUAUCCGGGAGGGCCUUUACUCCGAGUCAUACCCACUCUACACGUCUUCCUUUGACAACCCGGUGGGUGAGAUCCUCAUUCCCCACAAUGGCCUUGGACCAGGAAUUGCCUGGGUAAAACGUGAGGAGCUGGGUGAGGGCACUGCAGAGCUGCUGUCGCGAUUUAUCAAGGAUCCUAGUAGUUUCGGGUACCGUCGGAAGAUCGUUCUGCUUUCUGGAUCCAAGACGCUCAGUUUGAAGGGAACCGUCGAGAUUCUGAGUAAGCUAGCGCAGCGGCCAGUCCACAUUCUUCCCGUAUCAGUUGAAGAGUUCGCUGCGCAGCCGCAGAACUUUGCGAACUUUACUUAUCGCGGAGUUGACCAUUCGACGGCGUGGACGAGCACUUUUGAGGCUUUUCGACGAGGAGAGGGAGCUUAUGUGUCUCCUUUGCUCGGGGAGCUUAUCAAGCACACUCUGUUGCUUUUCAUGUACUUCAUUGUCUAA